AAUAAUUUUAACAUACACCUGUUAUCAUGCCUAAUUAUUUCAAAAGGGACGGUUUAUCGUUCUCUCUUGCAUUAUUUAAAGAUUUGAAAAAUGCAAUUGAUGUUAAACGAAUGGUUAUGAAUGGAGAAUUUGAGGCAACUCUGUUAAAUACCAAAAUGAUACCAGAUCCAUUCAUAGUGAUAACAGCAGCAAACAGGGCGGCAUACAACCAGAGAUACGGCAAGAUGGUGACUAAGAAUGUCCAUUCUGAAGUGCUCUUCUGUCUGUCUCCUACUAAAAAUAUAACAGAUUCCUUUAAAAAGUUUGGCAUGCCAGACUCAGCUGACAGUGUAUUUGUUGUGCUUGUGAAUGAUAGAGACAAUAAGGUGAUGGAACAAUUAACCAAGGUCAUAGAUGGAACUGAGGUAGACACCGGGGACGUCACACAGUUUACUGAUGAAUCUCUCAUUAAAAAGGUUUACAAAGUCUCAGAUGAAGAAUUAAAUUGCGGCUCGUUGACAGAUGCGCUGGUGUCAAAGAUUGCAAGCAAAGAAUUUGUGACUGUUUGACAGUUUAAAAGUGUUUUCAUUCUAAUAUUUAAUAAAACAUUUUAUAGAGAA